AUGAACCAGGAGUUCCAGGAGUGUUGUCGGUUCUUUGGGGACGACGGGCUGACAGCCAAGGUGUUCUUCACUAAGGUGGCUCCAUUUGGAUUGCUGUGGAUCCUCACCAAUUACCUGUACCUACAGGCCCUGAGGAAGAUCAACACUACAGACGUGUCAGCUCUGUUCUGCUGCAACAAGGCCUUCGUAUUCCUGCUCUCUUGGAUCGUACUGAGAGACCGCUUCAUGGGGGUCAGGAUCGUGGCGGCCAUCUUUGCCAUCGCUGGCAUCGUGAUGAUGACCUACGCUGACGGCUUCCACAGCCACUCUGUCAUGGGGAUCACCUUCGUUGUGGCCUCCGCUUCUAUGUCUGCACUCUACAAGGUGCUCUUUAAAAUGGUCCUGGGCAGUGCCAAGUUUGGGGAGGCAGCGCUCUUUCUGACGAUCGUCGGCGGGGCUAAUUUUGUGUUCAUCAGCUUUGUGCCAGUCAUCCUGUACUUCACCCAUGUGGAAUACUUUGGUUCUCUUGAGGACAUCCCCUGGUUAUACCUCUGUGGGGUAGCAGGCCUGCUCUUUGCUUUCAAUAUCCUGGUGAACUUUGGCAUUGCCAUCACGUACCCCACAUUAAUCUCUCUGGGCAUCGUCCUGAGUGUCCCUGUCAAUGCCAUGGUUGACCUGUACACAUGUGAGAUCCACUUCAACGCAGUGCGUCUGAUCGCCGUGUUGAUCAUCUGCCUGGGCUUCCUGAUGUUGCUGCUUCCAGAGGACUGGGACCAGUGCUUCAUCCAGCUCCAUGCUAAGCUGCAGAGUAAACGGGAGGAACCAGCUGAGGAGGAGGCAGGGCCCGGCUCCAGCCUCAACUGGAGCAGGAGAGCAAGGCCCUCCAUGUCUACCUUUACACACUGACCAC